GUUGGACAUUGUGGAGUUCUGUUUGAAUAGUUGCUGUGCUAAAAAGGCUUGGGGUGAACUCAUCCUGGGUAUAGACUGAAAUACAGGACUCUAGGGGUUCCUGUUCUCUAGGCUGAUAUCUACCCUUUCCAACCACAUAAUUGACUUCUGUACUAAGCUCCCAAAGUUUUUUUUCUGAAGCUGUAAACUGAGAACAGAAAUGUUACCUUGGGUGAGAGAGGUCUAGGAAGCAGUAGGUUUCAUCUUCUCUCAGUCGUCCUGGCCUUUAAGUGAGUUUGGGAGUGUUGAUAGCAUCCUGAGCCUGCUUGGCAAAGAAUAGAGGUUAGAAAGAGAGAAGUCCCCAGGCAAGGGGCCAGGUCCCUACUUGCCUCACUACGGAGAAUUCAGCCCUAUCUAUUCGGUUGGCAGGGCACACUUAAUCACUGAGAUCCAGCAUUUCAGCAGUUUGCAGAGGAAAGUGAUAUAUGAAGGGACAGCUGCAAGUAAACCACAACCUACACCUGAAGAGAUCAAGCGCUACUUCACUUGGAGGAAAGAGAAGGAAGGAAGCCCAGGGCUUAGCAGGAUAGUCUCCAGAUAUCAUAGGAAAGGCCAUGGCUCCACGGUCCCGGCGACGAAGACACAAGAAACUCAUCUCAUCUGUGGCUUCCAUGGUGGUGACACCACCCCCAGUUGUGACCCCUAUGCCUCUGACACCCUCAGAACCUGGCCCUAGUAUUGAUGCACUUGGGUUCUUAUCCUUGGAGAAUAAUGUUCCUGGCCUAUCCCAGCUGAUCCUUCAAAAACUGAACAUGAAAAGCUAUGAAGAAUACAAGCUGGUGGUAGAUGGGGGUAUCCCAGGAUCAGGCUUUGGAUUUCGAUGUCCUCAAGAAAUGUUCCAGAAGAUGGAGGACACAUUCCGAUUCUGUGCUCACUGUAGAGCACUCCCUAGUGGUCUUUCAGACUCUAAGGUCCUCCGGCACUGUAAAAGAUGCAGAAAUGUCUAUUACUGUGGUCCAGAAUGCCAGAAGUCAGACUGGCCAGCACACAGGAGGGUUUGUCAAGAGCUUCGUCUUGUGGCUGUGGACCGUCUUAUGGAAUGGCUUCUGAUCACAGGUGAUUUUGUUCUACCCUCGGGACCUUGGCCAUGGCCAGCUGAAGUUGUACAAGACUGGGAAAACUGGUUUUCUAUGAAAGGAUUACAGUUAGAUGCUGCAAUAGAUGCUGCGCUAGGUAGUCAUGCCAUGACCACCUUAUGGGCCAGUAUAAGACGCCCAAGGCCAGACCCAGAUACUCUGCAGGGGUCUUUGAAGCGGCUGCUGACAGAUGCCCUGUCAAGGCCCUUGACAAUGGGCCUAGGACUAAGGGCCUUCAGGAUAGAUGUUGGGAAGACUGGGGGAAGCACAGUGCAUGUGAUUGGUGCUUCUCAUGUGGAGACAUUUCUUGCUCGCCCUGGGGACUAUGAUGAGCUUGGCUACAUGUUUCCUGGACACCUUGGACUCCGUGUGAUCAUGGUGGGAGUAGACGUGGCUACUGGCUUUUCACAAAGUACCUCAACUUCACCCCUGGAACCUGGCACAGUUCAGCUUAGUGGCCACAAGGGCCUCUAUCAUGACUUCUGGGAGGAGCAGAUAGAGACUGGUCAGAUAGCCCGUCCAGAUUUGGCAGUGGCAUUCCAUCCAGGUUUCCAUUCUACCCCAGACUUGAUGGAAGCGUGGCUGCCCACUCUGCUGCUACUUCGUGACUAUGAGAUCCCUACGUUGAUUACAGUUUACAGCCAUCAGGAAUUGGCAACCUCUUUGCAGAUUCUGGUGGAAUUGGAUACACACAUCACUGCCUAUGGGGCUAAUCCUUUCACAUCCCUCAAACCUGAACAAGUCUAUUCCAACCCCAACAAGCAGCCAGUAUACUGCAGUGCCUACUAUAUCAUGUUUCUUGGAAGCUCCUGCCAGCUGGAUAAGAGACAAUUGGAAGAGACAUUAGAUGGUGGGGUUUAAAUAGCUUUUGACUGGAUGUCUGGAAGAUGAGGAGGUUGUGAUGAAAUUACCCUGUUAAUGCCAGGUUUUUGCCAGCUUUGAAACCCACUAUAUUCUCAGCCUUAUUCACUAUCUGGAUAAAGAUUCUCAGCUGAAUGAGUGUUCCUGUCUAAUGUGACUCAUUUCUGAGAGUUUAGCCAGAGUAGCGUCUAGAGAUAGGAUAGAUUUAGUGGUUGGCAAGAGGCCCCAGUGUUGGUCUUUCCAGAGAGUGUAGAGUUCCUGACAGUUUCCUUGGAGGAAGUUAUACCUUUUGACUAGAACCAUUAGCACUGAGGAGAAUUAGAACCUCCUUGUUCAUUUGAAAAAGACUUUUCUUCUAAUUUAGCAAUUUGGGCUGAAAAACAGAGAAGUGUUAAUUACUUGAAGUGGUGGAAGAUUGGGUAAGUCAGGGAAGUCAGGACCAUGGUACACUGACCUAUGCCUCACUUUUUUGAAAGCAGUGUUCCAUUUUCCUACUUUUUUCUUGGAGACUUAAGACUCUAGAGUAGCUCUGGUAUUGUAUUUUAGAUACC